AUGGAUACACCACCCCGAGACUCAUCUGUUUACAGCAUUUUGGACAUCCGUAAUCCUAAAGCUGGUGCCAUAAAACUCACACAAUUCAAGACGGCAACCGGAAAUGCUAGUCCUCCCACUCCACCUGCGUCAACUGAGCAGUCAUCGGCCGAUGCGUUCAAUGAUGAAGACCUGGCGGAUACCAUCAUAGAUACUCUUGACAAGCCUUAUGGUGCCAAGUCAAUACCAACCUUUGUGCUUUACGAUAACCGAGGGCUCCAACUCUUCAAUGACAUCACCUACUUGGACGAGUACUACCUUACAACUGCAGAGAUGUCUAUUUUGAGAGAACGCGCAGCCGAAAUUGUGGAACAGCUUGAGGAAAACAGCGUGAUCAUUGAACUUGGUGCAGGAUCACUGAGGAAGACAUCCAUUGUCCUUGACGCAAUCGAGAGCCGGAAACUAAAGGUCACUUACUACGCGCUUGAUCUCGACCAGAAUGAGCUCGAGCGCUCGUUAGGGUCUCUUGGAAGUUUUUCCUACGUGGAACUCGUUGGUCUACUUGGCACGUUCGAACAAGGCAUUCCAUGGCUCAGCCAGUACUUUAAACAAGGACAGAAGAAGCUAUUCCUUUGGCUUGGUAGCUCUAUAGGAAACAUGAACCGUCGCGAGUCCGUUAUGUUUUUGCAUCACAUUCAGCAAACUUGCAUGGCUGCCGGAGAUUUAUUCCUCAUUGGAUUUGACAAACGUAAAGAUCCGACCACUAUUAAGCAUGCCUACGAUGAUCGGCAAGGAGUCACUAGAGAAUUCAUCAUGAAUGGUCUGGAUCACGUGAACAGUAUCGUUGGGCAACCUCUUAUCGAACGCUCGAAAUUUACAUAUGACUCUCGCUAUCAAGCUGAAGUUGGUCGACAUGUUGCACAUUACAGAGCUCUGGAGGAUAUGCAGCUCACCUAUCAUCGUCCGCAAGGAACUGUGAACAUACAAGUUGAUCGUGGAGAAUUGAUACAUGUGGAGUAUUCAUACAAGUAUUCUGAUUCCGAGAUGACCCACAUUUUAUCGGCUGCACAGCUAGACAAGAUCCAGCAAUGGCAGUCGAAUGAGAUCGAGUAUGCUUUGGUGCUUGCUGAACGACGUCCAUUUAGUUUUACCUGCAACCAGGCGGAUGUUCUACAGAUGCUUUACCCUGAGGCUCCCAAAACUGAUGUUCUCGACUGCCAAGCUUGUAGCAAUGAUCAUGAUGUCAAGCAUUGUGAGGGUCUCAGCCAUGUAUCGCUUAACCAUGGUUGGCCAAAGUCUCUGCCGUCAGUUUCGGAGUGGAUACAGCUUUGGGGAGCUUGGGAUCUUGUAACAAGGACUAUGUUGGAUCAUCGCAGCAUGCUUUUUGAACGUCCUAUAGCACUUCGACACCCAUUUAUCUUCUAUCUUGGCCAUAUCCCAGCGUUCCUAGAUAUACAACUUUCUCGCCAUGCUGUUGAUGAUGACCUUAAUCAGGGUUCUCCCAUGACCAAGCCUGAAAGUUUUGCAACCAUCUUUGAGCGUGGUAUUGAUCCUGACAUGGAUGAUCCAGCAAAGUGCAACCCACAUUCUGAAGUACCUGCGAAUGAUGAUGAUUGGCCGAGUGUGGAGGCGAUUGUUGAAUAUCAGGAGAAAGUACGUACCCGGCUACAACGUCUAUUGCAACAUUGGGAGUCAAAGUCGCACCAUGGUAUGAUUUGUGGUGGUCGUAAGGAGCGUGUAGUAUGGAUGUGCUAUGAACAUGAAGCCAUGCACCUUGAGACUUUGCUUUAUAUGCUUGUUCAAAGUCCCAACACACGUCCACCACUUUCACCUUACAGAUUGAAAAGUACCAAGAGGGAGUUCCUUGAUCCAGCACCGUUCACAUCGAUUCCUGGAGGACAAGUCACUAUUGGCCAUGAUGAUCCAGAAUCAGCGCAGGAUUCCACAGAGUUCGGAUGGGACAAUGAGCAUCCUUCGCGAGAAAUGCAUGUGACGCAUUUUGAUAUCCAGACACGGCCUGUCACAAAUGGAGAAUAUCUCAAGUAUUUGGAGCAAUCUUCAAAUGCCACAAUGCCUGCUUCAUGGGUUCACUUGCCUGGAUCGACCGAGAUAGGUGUUCGUUCUGUAUAUGGACCACUUCCCAUGUCCCAGGCGAUGAAUUGGCCUGUUCAAGUUUCCCAAGUAGAGGCUGAUGGCUAUGCGAAGUUUUAUGGUAUGAGAAUUCCUACAGAGGCAGAGCUUAUUCGUUUCCGAGUCCAUACAGCUGCAAGCUCGCAGCGAUGCAAGGUCCCCAACGUUGGAUUCAAGGUAUGGCAUCCCACUGACGUAUCCAAUGAGCAAGUCCAUACGCUUGGUGACGUUUGGGAAUGGACAUCGACUAUAUGGGAUCAAUAUGAAGGUUUCGUCCCUUCUACACUUUAUCCUGGUUACUCGGCCGAUUUUUUUGAUGGCAAACAUCAUGCUGUCAUUGGUGGAAGCUGGGCCACUGUACCACGUAUUGCUGAGCGUGUCUCGUUCCGAAAUUGGUAUCAAGCUGCUUAUCCUUAUGUUUUUGCCGGAUUCCGUUGCUGCAAAAUGACAACAAACUAG